UUUGGAUGUACCACCAUGUUUUCAUUUUAACCGGAAGCACAUGUAUGAUUAUAAACUUACAAUCCAUUUCCAACGACAAUUAUUUCUCUGUCAUCAACUUAAAGGGCUAAAUUAAAUAAUCUUUGUGAUGGGUGGCACGAAAAAGAAAAAGGUAAAAGAAAAUGAUGGUUUAUAACGUUUUCAUUCCUUUGGGAUGAUGUCAUUUUUACUUAACUAAUUUAUAAAAAAAAUAAUAUUGUCUUGUGUCGUACUCUCAACCGUCCGUCAACCGUACUCAACGUAUCGAAGUAUGCACUGUUCUCGUAAAUUUAAUAAAAUAACUCAGGAAUACUUACGAAAUUUUAAAUAUUAACAAUAUACUUUUUUAAAAAACUUUACAGUACUUAGUACCGACCUGUCUAAGCCUAGUCAUAGUCCUGCAAAUUUUAGCUCAACUCAAGUUAUUUUUAUCUGAUAUCUGGGAUAAAAAAAAAUUAAAAUAUUAAAUAGGCAAUUCCAGCCAGCCCAUUACCAUUACAUUAUUCUUAUUAUACUAUAACUGUUUAUGUUAAGUUCCUAUGUUGGAUUCACCCACCUUUCUUUAUUUGGAUAGUUGCUAGAAUUACAUUUCUCAUUAAAAAUUAAUCUUAAGACUUAAGACUUAAGAGAUGAUUUUUUGGGGUGAGCGUUAUUUAAGGCCAUGCCGUCAGUGGUGUGUUCAAUGGUAUAUCUGAUGGCAAUCCUCUGAAAACAUGUCCCAAAUUCAAAACACUAGUAAAACAUAUCAUAUGAGCAUUCACUUUGACAGUUCAAAAAUAAUGUUUAUCCAAGUACAUGGUCAAAUGUGAUAAUCGUCACUCAAAAACCUUAAACUUAAGUACUGUCUGCAUACAUGUUCUUUUUAUGGCUAUAGCAUCACAGGAAAGCACACAAGUAGCUUGGUCAAUUUAUGCUUGGCCUGCAUCCAAAGUUCCUCAAUAGUCUGUGUGAAUUUGUGGAUGAACAGGAUGUACGGAAUCUUGGGCAUGCACAAUGACAUCUUGCUUAUAGACUUCGUUAUUGAUUUGAUUGAGAUUAGCAUAGCCAGCCCAUGCAUUGGUAACAUGAUGAGUUAUAAUGCAUUCAAGUGUUGGUGCAUUUUUCUGCUCUAUGAUUUCCAAUUUCAAUAAUUCCUCACGUUAUCAAAGAUGAUCAAGCAAAAAAAAAAAAAAGACAACUUGAACACGUUUUCCGACAGUAUUUGAAUUGAUUGUGUUGAGUGACAAUUAUCAUAUUUGACCAAGCACUUGGUAAAAAAUUAUUAAAUUGAUAAAGUAACUGCUCAUUCGAUGCAAUUUACUAGUGUAUUGAAUUUGGUACAGGUCACAGGUGUUUGGAGGAUUACCAUAGUGAUUCAUAGUCUCCACUGCUGGUUUUACAUAGUUAGUAGAGACCGACCGAAAUUGAUUUUCUGAUUUCGGCCGAAAGUUUAAAAUGACUUUCGGCCGAAACCGAAAAAGGCCGAAAGUUUAAAAAUGAAUUUCGGCCGAAACCGAAAAAAGGCCGAAAGUUAAAAAUGAAUUUUGGCCGAAACCGAAAAUGAAAUAUUAAGAUAUUUUGAAAUUCGUUCCCGCAUACAUUUUGCAUACAUCGAAAUGAUGUGGGAAAGUCUAAAUAUUUACAUUCUUUUUAUAAAAAAUGAGAUAAUAAUGAAUAUUUAUAAAUAAACAUCUAAUAUAGGGGUCUCAAACUCGCAGCCCGCGAGCCAUUUGUGACUCGCAAGACGAUAUAUUGCGGCCCGCUACAGGACAGAAAAGUUUCGUGUAAAUGCGCCGGCCCGUUUCCCCCAUUCUCAUAUCUAUAACGUGACUCUCCACGACGGUUCAGUCGAAUCUCACCGACUAGUCUAAUUCUGUUUUUUUUUUCUUUAAUGUUUCUAUAUAUUUCUGUAGGCAACAGGGAGUAAGUGGAUGAAAGUGAAUCCUAGUUCUUGAGAACCCUUAAUGAUUUUAUUGUUAUUUAUAAAGGUUGAGCAGAUUGUAACAGUUGUAAUCGCUUUUUUGUGGAUUAUGUGAUAGGGCCCACUCUCAUUCAGACACUGCCCCUCCCCCCCCCCAUGAUUUGAGUUUGAGACCCUUGAUCUAAUGAAUACUUUGGAUUCUACCAUUUUAAUAUAAAAUUAAUUUAAUUGCUUUACAAUUUUUUAAAAUUAGUAUGAUAGAAGAAAAUUAGCCAAAAAAAUUGGGGGGGGGGGAUUAAUGCAAAAUAUUAUUUUUAUAAACCGGGUCUCUAAAAUUUGUGGUUCUAAAGGAUUGCUUAAUUUGUUUUUAAAGAUCGUUUAGUUGGUUGCUAUUGAUCGGUUAGAUUGUUCUUAAAAAUCGGUGAGUUUUUUCAUAAAGAUCGCUUAGAUUGUUCUAAAAUAUCGCUUAGUUUAAUCUUAAAGAUCGCUUAAUUUGUUGUUAAAGAUCACUUAGUUUGUUGUUAAAGAUCGUUUAGUUUGUUCUUAAAGAUCGCUAAGUUUGUUGUUAAAGAUCGUUUAGUUUGUUGUUUAAGAUCGUUUAGUUUGUUGUUAAAGAUCAUUUAGUUUGUUGUUAAGAGAUCCUUUAGUUUGUUAAAGAUCGCUUAGUUCGUUGUUAAAGAUCGUUUAGUUUGUUCUUAAAGAUCGCUUAGUUUGUUGUUAAAGUUCGCACAGUUUUUGUUAAUGAUUGCUUUAUUUUUUCUUAAAGAUCGAUUAGUUUGUUCAUAAAGAUCGCCUAGUUUGUUGUUAAAUAUCGUUUAGUUUGUUCUCAAAGAUCGCUUAGUUUGUUCUUAAACGCUGCUUAGUUAGCUGUUAAAUAUCGCUUUCGCUGAGUAUCAAAGGACCGAAAACCUGAGUCACUGUCUAAGUGAAUUUCGGCCAAAACCGAAGAAAAACCGAAAUUUAACUUUUCUCUUUCGGCCGAAACCGAAAUUAAGCCGAAAGUUAACUUUUUAGUUUCGGCCGAAACCGAAACUUGGCCGAAAGUGAUAAAAUGGCUACUUUCUGCGCCGAAACCGAAGCCGAAAUUCGGUCGGCCUCUAAUAGUUAGCCUACUGAUUUAACUGAUUCUGUGUUUGUUCCACAAAUUAUAGAAAUUUUAAUUUUAGAUUAAGCUGUAAUCUAAUAAUGAUUUUUUUUUUUUCAGCCAUAGGGUGGAAAUAGUUGUAAAAUGUAUUGUGGAUGUCCAUAGCCAUAACCAAGUGUUGCCGGGGUCGAGAUUAAAAAAAAAUUAAACUCGCCCUACCCAGUCUAUGCCUAUGCAUUAACUUAACCAGUAUAUAGGCCUUUUUAUAUGUUAUAAAAUAGGCAUAAGGCUAUUAUGGUCUAUUUAUUCAUUUCUUGGGAAAAGUUCAUAUUUUGAGGAACUAUUGAGUUUACGAUUUAAGAAUUGGAUAGUAUUAGGAUUUUUUAUUGUAUCCUAUUUUCACAAUAUUAACCUGGUUAACAAAGACACUAGGUCACUAAGCUACAUUUUUCAAUUUUUAAUGCUAUGGAACUUGAUUUUGUUUUCUUCAUAUUAUGAUUAGACAAUUAGAGGAAAUUACUUGUAUACUUCAUCAAUAUAAUUUUAAGAAAUUUUUAUUGAGGCUUCAUAAGAUAUUUUAAAAGACAUGAUCUUCAACCAACAUGUAAAUGUAACAGUAUUUUCCCCUUCUAAAAUAAAAAAAAAUAUUUUAUAACUGUACCUACUGAGGUGUAAGAACUGGAAUUGACAAAUACAUAAAUUUAUCCAUGAUUCAUGGACAAUGUUAAGCAUGGGAAUUUGAAGAAAACAAAACCUUUAAAUUCCAAUUUAGACCUUUCUAUUCCUUAUAAAGAAAGGGGGAUUUACAGAAGGGACAAUUUUAUACUGAAGUGGGAUAUGUAAUAUUGAGGGCUACAAUAUUAUUGUGGGUUUUUUUGGGGUUAUUUUUAUGAGGGGCAAUAAACGUGACAUAUUUUAGCUUUACUUGAUUUUGUAACAUUUUAUCUAAGAAUGUUUUUUUUCAAAAACUUUUUAGUUCGAGCGUGGAGCAGCAACAGCUUUUGUGUCAAGGAACAAAGCUUUGAAAAAGCUUCAGCUGAAUUUGGCAGAUUUUAGGUGGGUAAUUACAAAUUACAUAUCCACAUUUUGUUGUAGUUGUGGGUUGAGUUCAAAGCAACCUUAUAAAUAACAACAGAGCCAGAAAGUGCAUAACUGAAAGAAAAAAAAAUAUUACAAUUUAUACACAAUAUUGGUAAUUUGAAACUCAAAGAAUGUUAUCCACCAUAUUUAAAAAAAAACAUUCUGUCACAGUAUUAGUUUUGGUACAUGUUUUGGUUAGAGGUAAUUGAGGAAAUGUGAAUUAACAAUUAAAUUAACCUUUAAAAGAAAUAUCUAAGAAUUAAAUAUCAUGUUUGUGGAAUAUUAUUAUUCAUUCAUUAAAAAAAAUUUAUAGUACAUUCGUCACUCAUUUUAAAAAGUAAAUUAAAGAUUGAAUUUUAUUAAUUGUGUCAUUAAUACGAUGUAAUCUCCAUGUCAUUAAAAAAAAAAGUUCAGUGAUAUAAAAUUGUAAAAAGCUUUAACUCUAAUAUUUCAUUUAAAUAUUAUAAGUCAUGAUUACAAGAAGGAAUACUGUAUCACACUGGUUUGGAUUGAAGGAGAUAUUUUUUUUUAAAUAUAUAAAUAUCACAAUCAUUGCGGUAUACUUUUUAAGCUGAGAGGGCUUCUGACAGCUUCUAAAGCAGACUAAAUUGUGAACAAAAACUCUUACUAGAUUUGGGACCAACAACAAUUAAAAUUAGAACUCCAAAAGCUGACACAACUAAGGUUCUGUUUAGCAGGAAAUGUGGAGAAAAUAGGAUUUAUUCUGCCUGAGAUCCACUAAAAAUAGUUAUAUUUUAGAUUUAAAAAAAAAAAAAUCUCUUGUUAUAUUUUCAGAACAUUAUGCAUAUUCAAAGGAAUAUAUCCAGUAGAGCCACUCCACAAGAAAAAGGUGAACAAAGGAAGCACUGCAGUCAAGACUUACUACAAUUUGAAAGACAUACAAUUUCUCUCACAUGACCAACUCAUAACAAAGUUCAGAGAAAAGAAGGUGCCUACUCAAAAAUGAUAAGAUUUUGUUUGUUUGUUAAGUUUAAUAAGGAAAGAUAACCUCAAGCAUUUCCAUAAGUAGUUUAAAAGUUAGUUAGUCCAAUAUAUAAAUAUUGAUGAGUAUAACUUAUUGAUUAUACUUUUACUUCUAUUUCAAGCAUUACGUAAGGAGGUUGAAAAGGGCAGUGGCCAAAAAAAACCGAUUUGCUGAAUCUAUAAUACGAGAUAGCAAACCAGUUUACAGUCUUAAAUCUGUGAUUAAAGAAAGGUGAGUGAAAAGAUAAUUUAAAUUAAAAGAUUUAUUUUAUGAAGCAUGCUGUUUCAAUUACCAUUAAAAAUUCUUUUACAUUUAUCAAAUCUUUGUGCCCUUCAUUUAUAUAAAACCUACAUAGCUCGAAGGUAAAAUUUAUAUAUAUAUAUAUAUAUAUAUAUAUAUAUAUAUAUAUAUAUAUAUAUAUAUAAUUUCUUUUUUAAUUUUUUUUUUUUUUUUAAUAUAUAUAUAUAUAUAUAUAUAUAUAUAUAUAUAUAUAUAUAUAAUGCCUUUUUUAAGAUCUUGUUUUACUUUCAAACUUCAAUUCCCAGGUAUCCCACAUUUAUUGAUGCCCUGAGGGAUCUUGAUGACUGCCUGAAUUUGUGUUUUGUAUUUGCUUCUUUUCCUCACUCAAAACGUGUACAUGUUGAGAUGGUACAGAUGUGUAAGAAAAGGACAGGUAAAGCUUUUAUUAUAUUUUUACAGGGUGAAGUGUAAAAUAUUUUAACCCUUGAUAUGAGCACCAUGAGAGAUGAACGAAAAGGGCAAGCAGCGAACAAAAUAUUUAAAAGUUAUUAAUCUUAUAGAUCCUUAAAUAAUUUGUUAACAAUUUAAUUAAUAAAUCUAAAGUAUAAUGCAAAUUAACAUGAUCAAAUGGUUUAAUGUUUUCUAUCAGUCUGUUAUUUGCAAAGUGUGUGGAUAAGUAGCGUGUUAUCUAUCUUUUAGUUUGAAAUUUGUUUAUCUUAACCAGCUAAUGUGAUCUUGUUGUCCGCAGUUGAAUUUCAGCACUAUGUGAUUGCAGCAAAAGCUUUAAGAAAGGUGAGUUCAAACCUUUGUCAUCUUAUCAUUUGUUCACCUCAAAUCUAUGCUGUCAUGUUUGCUCAGAUCAAAGCUAUUCUGUCACUUAAACUUCAUUCAUUCAUUUUAAUGGUAGUGCAUUAAUUUAAAGGAGACACAUAAUGUUUUUUAAAAUCAAGAUAUAGUCUUUUAUGUUCAAUAGAUUUACAGUGUUUUUUUGUUUGUUUAAAUCUCUUUCAAUCAGGUCUUUGUGUCCAUAAAGGGCAUCUACUAUCAAGCAGAUAUUAAAGGGGAAACAAUAACUUGGAUUGUCUCUCACAAAAGAGGCUUCACGGUAUGCAUCAAAAUAAUUUAUGCCAACAUUUAUUUUUUUUUAUCAUUAGUUAAAAAUAGUAAACACUUCAACAAAAAUCAUAAUCUACUUUUAACCUAUCUGAAUAUUUGCUUCAUGCUUGUGACAUUUUCCAGUGGUCAUAUCACCUACAUUUUAUAUUUUCAGCAUCCACAAGAUGUUGAUUACAAGAUCAUGCAGACAUUUGCAGAGUACCAUUCUGUUCUUUUGGGUCACAUAAAUAUUAAGUUGUUCAGUGACAAAAAUUUGGUAUAUCCACCUGAGGUAAGCUAGACUUCCUUUAUCACUACUCAGCUUAAAGCGACUUUUUGAAAGGUUCAAUUUCUUGCUCAGUGGUAGAAUAGAAAUCCUCUUUGGGUCUUGACCAGAGCUAUCUGAUAGCAGGGGUAAUAAGGGGAGAGACUGCAAUCAGGUUAGUACAAAAUAAAAUGAGUAAAACAGAGUAGGGUUAAACCUGAAAAAAUAAACGCAACAAAACAGCGAACGUGUCGGCAGAAAGCCUUCGUCAGCGAACAAAACAAACAGAAAAAACGGUUAUGUUAAUUUGUGUUCAUUACUAUUUUAUUUAAUUAAACAGAUUGGGAAGUUUUUUCUCGAAAGCUGUUCACAUAAAAUUAAGUAGGCGAAGUUUUUUCUCGAAAGCUGUUCACAUAAAAUUAAGUAGGCGUAGGGGCUUUUCAUGAUACAGUAUCUUGAAUUUUUACAAACAUGAAUGUAAUGUAUGUGUCAUAUAUUUUAUAUAUUGUUUAAGUUUGCAAGGGAUGAAAGACUUAGAAUGGGUAUUCUCAAAUGUAGUUUUUGUAAUGUUGCGUUUUGUAUUUUAAUGUGGUAUAAUAUAGAUUUUUCUUUUAAUACUAAUACUUUGUACCCCGCUUUGAGCCUUUCGGGAUGAAGCUUGAUUUUCAAAUAAACUUUAUUAUUAUUAUUAUUACUAUACAUAUAUUCUUAAUUAAAAUUAUGUUUCUCUCACAAGAGGAUUGCUAAGUGUUGAAUAAUGUCACACUGUGGUGCAUUUUAAUAACAUUUAUUUUUUAAUGUUCACUCAGCUGGCAGAGCCGCAGCAGUUUAUUGAUCAGGAUCAGUGUUUAGAGACGGACAGAACAGAUGAAAACCUGGCGAGUCUUGCACCAGCCAUUAAAACAACAGGGGAGACACAAGAUGAAGAAGAUGACGAUGCUGAAGUAGAUGCCUUGAAUGCAAUAAGUGUACGCACAUUUAUUAACCAGAAAAUUUUCAUAAUUAUUUUAUUUUAAGGAAUUGCUCAUCGUGUACCUGUUUUUUUUUUUGUUUUUUUUUAAAUUAAUUUGUUUUAAAAAUGAAAAUAUUUUAUAAAAUUAUAAUAUGCAUUUAAUUUUAUCAAAAUUAUAUUUUGUAAUAACUUUCCCCUUAUAUUUUAAAUAACUCUUUAUUCAAUUUGCAUAUAAUUUAGAUGAAAUCUUUAAUUAAUAAAAUUGUUCAUUUUCUAUAUUUCUCAUUUCUUAUUAGGCUGACGACCCGGACUUUAUUGAGAAAUCCAAACUGGAGGCUGAAAGUGUGAAAAAAUUACAAAACUUGUUUAAAGGCCUUAGGUUCUUCUUGAAUAGGGAAGUUCCAAGAGAGGAGCUAACAUUUGUCAUUAGGUAAGACCAAGGCAUCAGUAUGCAUAAGCAGUUCAAUAGUUUUGUUUAGUCAAGGGGUAAUUAGUAAAAGCACCAAGAUUAAUAUUUCAUAUGGCUCUUUAUUCACUACUUCUCAGCAUUCCUUCUUCCUUCUAUUCUCUCUCUGCAGAACUGUUUACUCUUACCAUUUUGCCGUACAAUGUACGAUUUUGAGAUGUCUUUUAUGAUUGUUUGCCAAGAUGUGACAGAAAUACAAUUUUAAGAGACCAGACCGUGUUGAAAUAUAUAUAUUCCGGUAGCUUUUCCGAUUAAAAAAAAUUAAUCAAUUGACAAGUACAUUGUUGGUCGUUAGUUUUAACUUGUAUUUGCAUUCUACAUCCAGCCGUGCAUGGGUCGAGAAGUGCGAUUGAUUGGGGUCAUCUGUAAUUAUAUUACGUUUGCCCUGAGAGGGGAAUAGAGUGGUGUUGAUUAUGAAAUUUUAUGUACAUGUGGGGGAGGGUGGUCUAAAUAUUUAAGUCAUAAAAUUAACACCGCCACAUUUUCGUAAUACUAGUGGGGAUUGUCAUAUUGUUGCUUUGAUUUUCAUAAUGAACUUGCGACAGUAAUAUUAGCUUAGUCACCCGAGUGUCCAUUUUAUUAAAUCAGUGGCUAUCGUUGCACACUGAGGUGGGGGGGUUAAUAAUUAGGUUUUGCGCACGUGUGGGGUCUGGGGAUGUUGGCAGAAAGUACAUACGUUAUUCAAAAAUUUUAUAUUUUUCCUGAAACUCUUAAGAGUCCAAAAAUAGCAUUCAAUUUAUGUCUCGAAAGCUGUAAAAAAUAUCAUGCAUAAUGUUUCCAUGUGUUUUUUACAGAUGGUACUAAGUAGUAGAGGUAUUACAGCAGCGGUUCUCAACCUGUGGGUUGCGACCCCUUUGGGGGUCACACAACCCUUUCCCAUGGGUCGCCUAAGACCAUCUGAAAACACAUAUACUCUACAAUUAUAAAGUAUCAACGAAAAUAAUUUUGUGGUUGGGGGUCGCCACAACAUGAGGAACUGUAAUAAAGGGUCGCGGCAUUAGAAAGGUUGAGAACCACUGUAUUACAGUAAUAUUUAGUCCACGCUUGUCCAAUGUGCUUGUGACUAAUGUCCAUGAAUGAAAUAGCAAAACGAGGUAUAUGUAACUAGAUUGGCAUCUAUGUGACACAAUCGCAUAUAUUACAUUACUGCUGACACAGGCGAAACCCUCUUAAAUGCUAAAGAUACCUUUAGGGAGGCCGCCAAUGCUAUCAGUUUGGAGUGUAAAGCGACAAGUCCUGCAGCGGUUUCUUAAGCAUGGUUUAGAUCGAAGGCGACUAUGAACCAGAAGAUCACCUAGAUUUCUGUCCCGUCUAAAGACAAUCAGUGGAGGGGAUGAGAAAACCCUGUUUGUAUCGGGGUCAGCAAGAAGUAUGGUACAAUUUUUUAGGAAUAUUUUUUUGGCAAUUUAAAUGUAAUAUAUGCGAUUUGUGUGCCAUAGAUGCCAAUCUAGUUACAUAGGUGAAACUGGGAGAAGAUUGGCCGACAGGUUUACUGAACAUCUCCAGGAUAUUGAGCAAUGUAAACCUUCCCCAGUCUCAUCUCAUUUCAACAGAAAAGAACAUAAAGGUGCAUUGGAUGUAACCACUACGGCACUGAUUUCAUGCAGUAACACACCAGAGAGGGUUAAAAUGGAAAAUAAAUUUAUUCAGCUGUUAGGCACCAUAUCUCCAUAUGGUAUUAAUCAAAUAAUAUCCUACUGAUGUUUCUCUGUUUCACUAUAUUUCAUCUAUUUUCUUAUUGCUGUGUGUUUAUGUAUCCCUGGAUAUUGUGGUCCAUUAUUAUUGUGGACCUCAUUUGUCACAGUGUCAAUAUUUAUAUUCUCUCGCUUCCUGCGCUCCCACUUCCGGCAACAAUAAUGGAUAUUUCUUGAGUUGUUUACUGUGCUCUGUUCAUUGUGAUAUUUUCAUUUCUACUGUUAGCUGAAGAAGGCUUUAUGCCAAAACGUCCGUAGCUUUUUGUCCUGUUCUCUAAUUCAAGCUUCCACAUACCUCGUUUUGCUAUUUCAUUCAUUUUCUAGGCUUGAAUGCAGUCCUUUAAUUUAUAUUUUUGACUAAUGUCCAAUGUGCUUUUGACGCACAUUUUGUUGGGCUACACAUGUAAUAUUCAGGUUUUCACCAGGCUCCCUGUGUUCAAUUCUAAUAAGUACACUUCGAAAUAGCAAAUACAUAAACAAAAUAAAUUUAACACUUUUGUAGUUCACUUAGCGCCUUCUAGUAACUGCAGACAUUAGUUACUUUCAAGUGAGUUACUGCUUGCUCCAUGACAGCUAGAUGUCACAUUGGAUUAAGGUGGAAAUAAAAUUAUUAAAAUUGUGUAAUAUUUUGCAACGCCACUGUGAGAAUGCAGCAGCCAACCAUAUUUAUUUAUUUAUUGAGGCAUUUUUAUAUAGCGCUUACCAUAAAGCUCUAAGCGCUUUACAAUUAUUAAAAACAUGUAAACUAAGUAAAAUAAAAAUGAGACACUAGGAUAGUAACUACUAUACUAUAGAAACAAUGAAAAUGGCUAUAAAACAGGUUGGGGUUGUCACAAAAAUACCAGGGUGGUAGGUGUUCGAAAAUUUGACCUUUUUUUGGGGUUCGUACCAUAUAGAUGACCCCUUGCGUUUUUUUUUGUUGCUUCAGCGCUGUAUAAGGUAAUUUUGUGACUAUUAUUUCUUAUGGUUGAACCGCGAUGAGUGCAGAAACUGCCCUUUGAAAUCUAUUUUUAGAACGCACUUAACAGUUUUACUCUCAUUAAUUCGUGUCCUCUUCCUGUACCCAUUUACGGUUUUUGGUUGUUUUUUUUGUGUUAUCAGACUGAAAUAUGUAAACGAUAUGCAUAUAUGCAAAUAUGGGUAUUGAUUCUUAUUUCUGUUCACCAGUAAUUUUAUUUUACCAGUCACAGACUGUGAUAAUGUGAUCUCCAUGUUCACCUAAAUAUUAAUUGAUAUCUUAUAGCAGAUACACGUCUGCAAAAUAAAGUGACAGCAGAUUGCAAUAUAAACAUCAUACAUCUACGUUUAAAAGUAAUUUUUUUUUUUUGGCGCCAGCUGAACUCGAUCCUGCUAGACACUCAAUGCGAGUGGUUAUUGUAUUCAUUAUAUAUACUGUAUGUUAAUUAUUAUUAAAAUACUGCAUUGUAAGAUCUUGAGACAAUAUUUUAUGAAUUUGAGGGUAAAGAGGUUUGUCUCUGCAUACCAACACAAAACCCUAACAACGAACACUGUCAUCUCUCAUACCCAAAAAUGUCACCAAUACAAACCAUAUAGAAACAGCUACACAAUAAAAAAAAAUCUCCACAUUAAAUACACUCACUAACAAAUCAAGUACACAAAACACAAACAAAAACACACACCCAUUGAAAAAAAUAAAUUGACAGGCCUUGUUUUAGCGACUCAUGAGUCUUAUAAUUGCCUACUGGUGCCAUACACUGUCCAUCAUGUGCAUUAUGUUUCUUUUUAACACUUCUUGUCAUUUACUUGACUUUCUCCUCCUAUCAGCUUUCUAACACUUGACUGACCAAAAAAGUCUCUUUUUGUAACAAUAUGGACAUCACCUCUAACACUUGGACAAACGAUGUAAACCACUGACACUGAAAUUUUUAUGUGCCUGUUAAAUUGAUUUAUAAAACAACUGCAAUUAUAUUUUCAUUGUUUUUAAAACAUUAACUACGUAGCUGAAUCUUAUUAAAAGACUAUUUCUUUCCUACAGGGCAUGCAGUGGACUAGCAUCUUGGGACUACACUCUUGGGGUCGGAGCCACAUAUCAAGAAGAUGACAAUAGUAUAACACAUCAUGUCAUUGAUAGACCAGCAGUGACAAAUCAGAGAUUAGACAGGUAUGCUUUUGUAGCUUUCUAAAUUAACAUUUUGUUAUCCAUGAAAAAUCUAUAAUCCAAUCUGUUAAUAAUUUCUUUACAAGUUCAGUUGGUUUUUUUGUGUGACCCUGGCAUUAUAUUUUAGAGUCUCAUUUUUGAAGAAAGAAAUAAAUUGCUGUUUUUUCAAUUUGAUUUCAUCAGACAUUUUCAUCUUUAACAGAUGUGGAUAUUUGUAUUAAAUGUUUAUCAAUAGUUAAGACAAAUCAAUUCCUGUAGUAUUAAAGUAACUGUUUGAAAUGUAUAUUUUAUUGGUAUUUAAAAUGGUAUGAUUGCAUAACUGUCAAAAAUUUCUACAAGUCUCAUUCGAUAACCUACAAAUCAAUAGCCGCAAGGUAUAAUUUUUAUCAUAUUUACAAGUUUUGUCAAACAAAUAUCUUAUAAAAAUUUAGUUUAUUUAUAUAUUGAUAACAUUUUCAUCAAGUUCCUUAAUGAGCUAAAGUGUUAAAAAACUCAUUUUUUUUUUAUUUGAAUGAAGCCAUUAUCAAGCCUUUAAUAUGAAAGAAACUUUCCAUUGCUUUUCAAACUGUCAUACCUUAUUUUUAGUUAAAAUUAUUUAAUGUAUAAUCCUGAGAUAAAUAACUGCAGUUGUAUAUGUUAAAUAUUAUUCUGAGACAAUAAAUACAUAGAAACAUUAUUCUCAUGUCUACGAAAUGGUGAAGAGGAGUAUCAAAAAAUUAAAUAAUAACAUUUCCUGCAUUACCUGAUUUUUUUUCCCCCCAGAACAUAUGUGCAGCCUCAGUGGGUGUUUGACAGUAUAAAUGCAAGAACACUUCUACCAGCCAAGGAUUACUUCCCUGGAGUGCCCUGCCCACCACAUUUAUCCCCCUUCGUUGAGGAGAAAGAAGGAGAGUAUGUACCUGAAGACAAAGUUAAAUUCCUGAAAAGGAUUCAGGGAGAAGCUGAGGAAGAGGAGGAAGAAUCAAGUGAAGAAGAUGAGCCUGGAGCAGAAGAUGAUGAGAGUGAUGAGGAGGAUGAUGAUGAAGGUAAGUUUGUUUAAAUUAGUUGCAUGUAUCCACCCAUAAUUCAUUGCUAAUAACAGAUUGUAAACAAAACAAACUUUACUCACUGCUUUCAAUUAACCUAAAGUUUUGUAGAAACAAAAUAACAUUAACUAAUAUGUAUAAUAAAAAAAAUCUAAGCUGAUACUCAUUAGUAUUUAUAAUAUAUUUUGCUAACAGAGAAUAAAGACAGUCUAGAAAAACCUGCUGGCAAAAAGAGAAAGAUAGAUGAAAAGAAAAUAAAAAGUGCUGAUGCUAAGAAGGCCAAGGUAAGUCCCACAAAUCAGUUUUUUGUCAUUAAUAAUUGUAAAUGCAUAUAUACACUAUAUUUUAUUUAUUUGUACACAUUUGUAAGGGGAGCAAAACUUAGUAAAAGAAUUCAUAGGGUUGUAGAAUAUAUGAAAAAAUUUGGAUGUGCUGGUCUAGUCUAAUUUCUUGGAUAAUAAUGUUAUCAAACCAUGGAGUUCAUUCAAUAUAUGUAAGUCUAUAACAAUUUUUUUUAAAUGUAUCAUAGCAAUAAUAUAUAUAUAUAUAUAUAUUCAUUUAUUUAUUUAUAAUCACUUUCCUCACAACUUGCGGUGUUGCACCUCAGGUUUAGGAAACAAAGACAAAGAGAUAAAUGCAAAACAAAAUUGACCCUGAGAGACCAUAAUAUACUAUUUGUAGCAUGUACCAGACAGACCUUUACCUCUGACUAGUUAUAAAUACUUUGGGGUGGAUGAUUUUUACACUUAUUCUUAACUUAACUUCAGACAAUGGCUGUGACCGAAGGUGUACUGGAACGUGUAGACAAACAUAAACUACUGCAACAGCAGCAGGCAGAGGACAGAAGGCUCGGAGAGAUGAUGAUACCCAAGAAGCACAAGCGACUCUACAACAAAAUCAUGACUUCACGAAAGAAGAGCUCACAGGAAGCCAGGAAGCUGCAGGAGAAAAAGGACAAACUGAAGGAACAAAAGAAGAAAGGGAAAAAACUGAAGAAAGCUUAGAGGGAUGUGGGUGUCAUUUGAAAACUGAACUUUUAUGUAAUGAUAAAUGUGUGUUCCAUUGUAAUUAUUACUGGAGGUUCAUAUAACUGGUUAGAAUAUGAUGAGCCCAUGAGUUAGUUGUUCAUUUUAAAAUGCCUGAUGGGACAGAUGCAAGUGCUUUCUGAUGAAAAAAAGAAAAACCAUUGUUUUGUAUUUACAUGCCGAUGUUGUUAGGAAAUGUAAGUCGUUAUAUGGAAUUAAAAUGUCAUUUUACAUAAUUAACCAGUUCUCAUCACUCUCUGUUGCUCCAUAUAAAAAAAUUAAAAUAAUGCAUUACAAACCAAUGCUUUAACCCAGAUGUUCACAAAAAUGAUUGACUCCCUGCA